GGGUUCUUCAUGCGACAGAGCCAACAUGGCACCAGUUUCCUUGACAGUAAGAAACGGUAACCGGCACAUUCAUUCUAUUGGUAAUUAGAGGUACUGACUGAGUCGUAAUAUCGUGCGUGUCAAGAUAGGUUGCACAGGAGGAAACUUGACAUUUUGAAGCACCUGAGACUGUGGAGGCCGUGUAGAAGAAGCAGUGACACAUCAGCAUCGGACUUUGCGACAUGUAGAGUUUUUUUCAGUGGUUAUGUUAGACGUCUUUAAAGGCGUGUGGGAGGAAGAAUUAUCUAUAAUAUUGGAGAGAAAUUAAAUAUGCAGUUCUACAGGAAAAAAAGGUCUUGAGAAAGACUUUCUUUUAGUUGAAUCUCUUGGUUAACGGUGGACACCAGAUAGGAUGUUCAUUUUGGUAGAAACUGUAUUCAUCGUUUUUUGCCUUGAAGAGACGCAACCAUGGGCAGAAUAAACUUUUCCUGUCUGUUACCAGCGUCUUGGCACUUUAGUUUGGCUCCUGUUGGAGUGCCCAGAAUUGUGGGACUGGCUUUGCGCCAACUCUUGCUGCUUGGCAUCUGUUUGGGAAUGAUUUUGCUUCUGUACUUCAUUCUUGUGAUGAGCAGGAGCAAACAUAGUUGGUUAUUUAAGGAUAAGCAGUUUCAGAGGUACUUGGCACGAGUGACAGACACGGAAGCUACAGAUACCAGUAAUACCAAUCUGAACUAUGGUAUUGUAGUGGACUGUGGAAGUAGUGGGUCAAGAAUCUUUGUGUAUUGCUGGCCAAGACACAAUGGAAAUCCACAUGAUUUGCUAGACAUCAAACAAAUGAGAGACAAAAACAGGAAACCCGUAGUGAUGAAAAUAAAGCCAGGAAUUUCUGAUCUUGCCACUACUCCGGAGAAAGCCAGCGAUUAUAUCUACCCUUUGUUGAGUUUUGCAGAAAAGCACAUUCCCAAAGGGAAACACAAAGAGACACCUUUAUAUAUAUUGUGUACAGCUGGUAUGAGGAUCCUGCCUGAAAGCCAGCAGGAAGCUCUCCUUGAGGAUCUCCGUACAGACAUCCCUGUUCAUUUUGACUUUCUUUUUUCUGACUCUCAUGUUGAAGUUAUAUCAGGCAAACAAGAAGGCGUUUAUGCUUGGAUAGGCAUCAACUUUGUGCUUGGAAGGUUUGAUCACAUUGAAGAGGAUGAUGAUGCAGUUGUGGAAGUUCAUAUUCCCGGCAGUGAAAAUCAAGAAGCACUGAUCAGGAAGCGCACUGCUGGCAUCCUGGACAUGGGUGGCGUGUCUACACAGAUUGCUUAUGAAGUCCCCAAAACCGUAAGCUUUGCCUCUUUGCAGCAGGAAGAAGUCGCCAAGAAUUUACUAGCAGAAUUUAACCUUGGCUGUGAUGCCCAUCAGACUGAGCAUGUUUAUCGAGUCUAUGUGACAACUUUCCUAGGUUUUGGGGGUAAUGCUGCCAGGCAGAGAUAUGAAGAGAGUCUGUUCAACAAAGCAGCAGUUGAAAAUGGGUUGCUUGGUAAACAUAUUGGAGAAACAUCUGAAUCUCCAUAUUUGGAUCCCUGCCUUCCUCUGGAUAUUGAGGAUGAAAUUCAGAAUGGUGGAAAGUCGCUUUAUCUGCGUGGGACAGGUGACUUUGAUCAUUGCAGGGUUGUUAUCCAGCCCUUCAUGAACAAGACUAAUGAAACACAUUCAUCUCUCAAUGGAGUGUAUCAGCCACUCAUUGAGUACACAAACAGUGAAUUUUAUGGAUUUUCUGAAUUUUACUAUUGCACAGAAGAUGUUCUUCGUAUGGGAGGUGACUAUGAUGCUACUAAAUAUUCUAAUGCUGCUAAGAGCUACUGUGCCACCAAGUGGACAACACUUAAAGAGCGAUUUGAUCGAGGACUUUAUGCAUCUCAUGCAGACCUUCAUAGGCUCAAGUACCAAUGCUUUAAAUCUGCUUGGAUGUAUGAAGUUUUUCAUGUGGGAUUCUCCUUCCCAGAAAAUUAUAAAGGUCUCAAAACCGCCCAGCUGGUUUAUGACAAAGAGGUUCAAUGGACUCUUGGUGCUAUUCUGUACAGGACACGUUUUCUGCCAUUAAGGGACAUCCAACAAGAGAACUUCAAAGGAUCUCAUUCACACUGGAGAGGAUUCUCUUUUGUUUACAACCACUAUUUGUUUCUAGUGUGUUUCCUUGUUGUUUUGCUGUCUAUCCUUUUAUACCUGCUGCGUUUACGUCGUAUCCAUCGAAGAAUGCAACGUAACUUGUCAUCUUCUGCCCUCUGGAUGGAGGAGGGAGUACCCACUGGGAUAGGUACUGGAACCAUAUAAUUACCAGUGGAUGGGCAACAUUCAUGGACUGUAUAUUUAAAAACAAAAAUAAUAAUCUUCUAGCCAAUAAACCCAUGGAAGAAGAGCCAUGUUGAUGAACUUUUAUUCACAGAAUUGAAGGAGGAGCUAAGGCAAAUGAGACAGUAAAUAAUUAUCUGCUCCAAAUGUUUGUAGUCUCUGUGAAUAUUCUAUAGCUUUUAAAAGCUUUGUACAAUCUUUAGCAGACAUACUUUGCUGUAUUUGUGUGAAUUUGCACCACAGUUGUAAUCUUUAAAUGUCUGAACUGGAAUGGUCUCAGUACUGUAUGGCAGGUUUUUUUUUUAUUUCUGCCUGGAAAUGUUUAGCUUUUUUUAAAACUCAUGUGGAAUAACUUAUUUUUAGUCCUACAGUGUUUGAGGGGAAAACAAUAUUUCAUAAUCAAAUUCAUGAAGUAUAUGCAUCUUUAUUGUGAAUUUUGGAGGAUCUUCCACUGUGUAAAUCUUAAGUAUUGUUUGUCUUCAACUGUUAGAAGUUUUUGCACACCAUUAAUGACCAGCAGUCAUGCAUCGAAAAUUUGACUUGCUGUCCUAACUUCCAAAUGAAGCAAUACACGUUCAAUAUCAUAACCUUAUUCAAUUUCUACAUUUCAUUAAUUGCAAACUGUUAAUAUAAAAAUUGUCAUACACUUUCUUUCUUUUUUCUUUCUUUUUUUUGCUACUUGAGUCAAACAGCAGUUAGUGAGCAGGUCUUGUCUAUAUUUAAUAUUUUUAAAGCAAGUCAUCACUCUUAAUUCUUUUUGUUACCCAUUCCUUUUUAAAUUUUUGUCUUUUAUUCCACAGUUUUAGAAUUUUCAUUCCACAUAUUUGAAAUAGCUCAUUUCUGUCAUUAUGGGACAUGCUUUCUUAAAUUUUGAUGGUAUAUGUUUCCCUUUGUGAGUACAUCCCCUCAUUUCUGUGAUCUUUCUUACUGAAAAUGGUUAAGUUUUUUGUCAGUGUGUUUUUUUCUGUUAUUUUACACAUUUCAGCAUUGUUUGUAGCAGAGAGCUGGUGUAUGUAUAGUUUGUAAACUGCUGUAUACAUCGUUAGAUUUGACCACUUUAUGGUGUUAUAAGAGAAUAAUUUUGUUUUUCAAGUCAAGAUAAGACAUUUUUGUUAGAUAAAAUUUUAAAUAGUAAAACCUGUUGGUAAUUAUUAGUUGAUCAUGUAUUAUAAUUAUUGAAAGAUAAAAGCCAACUAUGUUGGUGGCUUGCCUUAUUCUAGUUUUUAUGCAAAAUGAAACUGCUCAGAUCAGAAUAGCCAGUUUAAAGGAAAAUUUAGAAUAUCAUGCAUAUCUAAUUUUCUUUCAGGCAAUUUGGAUGCAAUGUUUGUAAUAGUUUAUGUUUAUUAUAAACCUUGAAUUCUCUUUGAGUGCCUAAGGUUUUUACUGUAUAAUGAAGCAAACACUACUGUUUAUCAAACACAAAUGAUUGAGAUAGUAGCUUUUUUAUCUGUUUAAGUGUAAUGUUUCAGAUUAGCAUUGCAUUAUGUAAGUAAGUGUCUUCUUCUCCCUCGGUUAUUGUAAUUUAGGUAUCUUUUGGGUUUUGGGAAGUCAAGGCUUUCCUGGGGAAUCACCCCAAGACAUAUUCGUCCUUUACUGCUGUGAAUGUAAGGUUGAGCAGAUGGACUUUAUACAUUUCAAUAUUUGUCAUGUUUUCUCAGUGCUUCAUUCUGCCUAAAAAUCAGUUACUCAACACAAGCAGUUUUUUUUCCAGUCUUGCAACCUUAUUUCUUAUUUCCCCAGCCAGUGCAAAGUCAUAAAAUUCAAAUUGGCUUUGAAAAAGGCAGUUGUUAUUUUCUAUAAAUAUAUAUAUAUAUAUAUACAGUAUAUAUAAAGAAUUGUCCACAGUUUCUUCUUGUUUAUUGGCUUCAUUUUCUGAAGCACUGUUGUUUUGAUGCACAUUAUGUAGCUAUUGUUAUUUAAUUAAAUGGAGUACAUAUUUCCAUAUUUAAAACCACAAAAUGUAGUAUUUUGUACAAAGAGAUGUCAUCAAGCUGGUUUUCUGCCAAUGAAUAUGUGUUCACUGUAAUAAAAUGUUUUUCCUUUUUUAUCUUUUGGAAAAAA